AAAGCUGCGGUUAAGGAGGGUCGGAUUUAACCGUCCCAGGGAAGCGCGCCCGAGCUGGAUCGCGGAGCGCACUAAGGUAGUGAGUUCCUAAGAAGAAAAUAAUGGAUUGCAUAUUACUUGUUUUCUAAUUGUUUGAACUCAGAAGUGUGCAGGUUUGUUGCAAAAGCCAAAAGAAGAUGGCAACUCCUUAUGUCCCAGUUCCUAUGCCAAUAGGGAACUCUGCUUCCAGUUUUGCAAACAACAGAAACCAAAGAAGUUCUUCUUUUGGGAGUAUCUCAACAAGCUCAAACUCUUCCAAAGGCCAGUUAGAAGACUCAAAUAUGGGUAAUUUUAAACAGACAAGUGUACCUGAUCAAAUGGAAAGCACUUCAUCUGUCUGUAGCAGUCCCCUCAUUAGGACUAAAUUUACAGGUGCAGAUUCUUCCAUUGAGUAUUCUGCUAGACCAAGAGAAAGUGAAGAACAAAAUCCUGAAACAGUGAAUUUGGAAGAUAGACCUUCUACACCUAUUAUCCUGGGUUAUGAGGUGAUGGAAGAAAGAGCUAAAUUUACUGUAUAUAAAAUACUAGUAAAGAAGAGUCCAGAAGAAAGCUGGGUAGUUUUUAGAAGAUACACUGACUUCUCUAGGCUUAAUGAUAAAUUAAAAGAGAUGUUUCCAGGCUUUCGAUUAGCACUUCCACCAAAACGCUGGUUUAAAGAUAAUUACAAUGCCGACUUUUUAGAAGAUAGACAAUUAGGAUUACAAGCGUUUCUUCAAAAUUUAGUAGCUCACAAGGACAUUGCUAACUGCCUUGCAGUGAGAGAAUUUCUUUGUCUGGAUGAUCCACCAGGUCCAUUUGAUAGCCUAGAAGAAAGCAGGGCUUUCUGUGAAACUUUAGAAGAGACAAACUACCGUUUUCAAAAAGAACUACUUGAAAAACAAAAAGAGUUGGAAUCACUGAAGAAACUGCUCUGUGAGAAGCAACUUCUUAUAGACACUCUAGAAAACAGAAUCAGGAACUUAUGUUUGGAGCCUGAAGAAUCACUGCUCGUGUCAGGAACGGAAGGUAGACAGAUCCUAAAGGUGGAGUCCUCUGCACUUGAGGUUGAUCAAGAUGUCUUAGAUGAAGAAUCUAGAGCUGAUAAUAAGCAAUGCUCAAGUUUUAGUGAACCUGAAAAUUCUACAUCAGACAUAGAAGUAGCAGAAGUGGCAUAUAAUGCGGAAGACGACUAAUGUAUCUCAAGUGGUUCCUUCCAUUUUUACGUUCCUGCAGAUUUAGAAUAGAGUAGCAGAUAUUUAAAAAGAAAAAAAAGAGACUGAAGCAUUUACAGGAAACAGCAAGAUUGCACAUGUAUAAAGUUUACAUAAAGAAAAAUUUAAGUUAUUGGUAUAGGAAAUAUAUUCACUGUUGCUUUACAUUGUUUUUUAGCCAAACUUUGUAUUUAACACACUAAAAAAAAAUCUGGAGUUCUGUCAUCAAGGCCCACAUCCUUAAAUACUGUGCAUAAAUUAUUUUGUUGUUUUGCCAAUAUAUUGCUCCAGACUCACGUGGGUGUGCACACUUUGUGUGUGUGUGUGUUUAAAUCACCAGUUACAUUAGUUAAGUGGACAUAAAUUGCAUGUUGCUGUCUGUUGGUUAUAUACUUCCUUGUGUCUCAGACAUGAUAUAUUUUCAUUAAUGGUUUAAAUAAGUGGUAGAGUUGAAUUGUUUUAAAUGUUGACAUGUUUAUCAUCUCUAAAUAAAAGUUGCUUAUUUGGAAUGUU